UUUAAUUAAUCAAUAAUCAUGGCGGAGGAGCAGGCGGCAGUUGUUGCGGCGAUGAAGGAGGAGAAAUUUACCGGCAUGGUGGUUUGAUUCAGCCAUGUGGCUGUUUCAAUAGCGGAAAUCCUGGCCACAUAGCUAGGGAUUGAAAGAAUAACAGUAGUAAGAAUUACCAUUACAAUAAUAAUAACAAUCGCAGGCAGCGGUGGUGAUUUUGGUUGCUAUAAGUUGUAAAAGUCAAGCAACUGCAAUUGAGAUGGGUUUGGGAAUUGGCCCAGAAAAAUUGUUGUCUGACAACAUUUUUCCAAAUGGGUCUCUUAAUAAUUUCCUUUUCACCACAGAAGAAUAGUCAGGAAGAUUGUUGAAUUGGGAGAAGAGGUUUAACAUUGCUCUUGGAACUGCAAGAGGAAGCACAAAAAGUAGGGUGUUCGAUAACCUCUAAUGCAUCUCAAAACGACGCAGUAUUAAGAGAAUAGACAUUAUAAUAGAAGGAGGGGAAGGGGCCUCCAGAGUGAAAAAAAGUGAGAGAAUUAACAGAAGAAAGAAACGAGAGAUGGCAGUAACGGAUGCAAUUGAAGAACCAUCCCCUUCUUCUAAUUUCAGCCAACCACCACCGCGUCACUUCUACGUGACUGUCGUCGACAGACUCCACUUCAAAAUGGACACGUUGGUCCAUUUAUUAGGAGUUGCUGCCCGCCGCCCUGCCCUACCCAUUGUGGUUUGUUGCACUUCUCGCGAUCAACUCGACGCCGUCUGCUCCGCCGUCUCCAACCUCCCCUUCAUUUCUCUUGCCUCUCUGUACAGUGACCUAGCUGAAUCGGACCGAAAUGUAAUUUUAGAGGAAUUUAGGAAAGCAACAGUGAGGUGGAGCCAAAUUGUAAAUGCUGGUCAAUCAGGCGGCGGCGGCAGCGGUGGUGAAACUGGAAAUAAUAAUGAUGAAAGUAAUACUAACAAUAAUAAGACUAAAUCACAUAUGAUAGUUGUAACAGAUGCCUGCCUUCCGCUUCUUGCGCUGGGCGAAGCGCCGGUCUCCGCUCGUGUUCUGAUUAAUUAUGAAUUGCCAUCAAAGGAAACAUAUUUGAGACGCAUGGCCACUUGCUUGGCUGCAGAUGGGAUUGUAAUCAAUGUAGUUGUUGGUGGUGAAGUGAUAACUCUUAAAAACAUUGAAGAAAGCAGCAGCCUUGUCAUAGCUGAAAUGCCCAUAAAUAUUUCUGAGAUUUUAUGAAGAUAGUCGAUUUUCUGCAAUCCCAAAAGAUAAAAAAAAGGGGCUUGAUCUCUUGAGUCAGAUGAUCCGUGAGUAGUGCAACAAUAUUGAAGCUUUAUCUCCAUGUUUGCAUAUUUUCUUAAUAUUAUAUUUAAGCUUAUUUUAUUUUUAUUA